AUGGGUCUCAAGGGCGACGCCCCUUGGGCGUUGGGUGUCAUGUGGUUGCUCGCCGGGCUUGUCUUCUUCUUUCUGCUCCUGCGCCUUUACACUCGCAUCGUCUGUCUCGCAUCCUACGGCCUGGACGACCACGUCUACAUUGUAGCAUUCAUCUUCCUGCUCAUCUUCACAGUCUUCACUCACCUCGCCGGCCAAUAUGGAUUUGGGCAAGCGAUGGAGGAGAUUGGGUCAAUAGACCUGGCUGUCAAGGCAACCCUCUACGAGUGCAUUGGCCAGGCCUUUGCCAUCGUCGGCAUGGCCAUCGCUAAAGCCUCGCUCGGCUUCUUCCUGCUCCGCCUUGUCACGAUAGCGUGGCACCGAAUUGCCAUUCGGAGCGCCAUGGUCCUCGUCAUGUUGGCAUCCAUCGCUCAAGUACUCUGCUUCUGGCUCUCAUGCGUACCGCUGAACUACGUCUACGACAGGCGCAUUGAAGGCGGCCACUGCCCCAUCGACACGCGUCCAACGUCCUACAUCCUCUGUGUCUCCACAAUCCUCGUCGACUUUUUCUUCGCCUUCUUUCCCUGGAUCAUUGUCUGGCCUCUUCAGAUGCCACAACGCGAAAAAUACACCAUUGCCGGGAGUAUGAGCCUGGGUUUGAUCGCUGCCGCAGCGGGCAUUAAACGCACCACAGAGGUUGAAGGCCUCUACACUGCCAACUACCUCAAAGACAGCGUCGGCCUCAUAGUCUGGUCAUCGGCCGAAAUGGCCAUCACGCUCAUCUGCAUCGGCAUCCCCGUCUGCCGGCCCCUCUACAGGCGCGCCUUCCGCCUCCUACUCGGCGAGAUCUCUUCCUCGGCAGAAGGCUACCAAAAGCAGUCUGCGGGACCCGACGGCAGCCACUCGCUGCCGCUGCGCACCAUCGGCGGCGGGUUGAUUGGCGCCGACGGCAGGCCCAUCGCUCAGCAGUCCAGAAAGGGUGGUGCGAGUACAGGCGGGGAUGACACGUCCGUGGACAACUUGAAGGAUGGGAAUGGGAGCGUCGAUGAUGAGAUUAGUUUUAGUGAUGUCAAACUGGGGGUGAAUGGGCCGUUUACGAGGACGACGGUGGGCAGGGGGAGGGGCGGGAGUGGUCGUGGUGUUGGUGGCGGUCAUAGUAAUUCGUCGCAUGAGGAGAUUUUGGAUGAAUACCGCCGGAGUCAGAUGCGGAGUGCCAGGAGGUCGGAUGAGGAGAGGACAACUAGGGCUGGCCAGGGGGAUGGACAUGGACAUACUGGGAUUAUGGUGACCGAGACAAUCCGGGUGGAGAGGUCUUAA